CUGUAUGCGUAGUAAUGGCGGCCAACACGAACUCGAUGACAGAGUCAUCGUACGUUUCGCGUUGAAAAAAACCCAACAACUUUUGAAAUAGUUUUUACUAUAAUUUAUAUGCAGAAGGUUGUUGAGGCUUGUUGACACAUAGGACCUGAGGACUGGGUUCUGGGCAUUGGAAAGAUCGCUUCUCUUGUCGCGAUCACAGGCAGGACGAGUGUCGAUUGCUCAUUCUCAUUGACACAGUGUGACACUCACGAGCCUUCUUUUUUUACCGACUGAUCCGAUCAUGGGCAAAACGCUUAAGAAAUCAGAGACAGGAACUGGUGUUAAAGGGCAGACAUCGCUGAACAGUUUCUUUUCAAAAAAGCCACCAGGUGGACAGUCCAAGUUGUUCACUCAGGUCUUGCCUGGCUCAAAACCUUGCACCGCACUCCCUCAAAAAGCCACCGCACCUCUUCCCAAGUGCCACAAACUAGAUGAUGACUACUCAGAUUUUCAACCGCGGAAGAAGCAAAAGAGUCCACCUAUUCCAACUGGGAAAAGCAUAAAACCUGGAAGAACAAUCCAACAAACCAAAGAUAACCAAACCACGAGGAAAUUUGACCUGAGGUGUGAAAGACAGGGCCGACUUGAUAGCCUGCACGCAAGACAUCAACAGCAAGACGAAGCAAAGAAAAAUAUCGAGAUAAAUGGGAGUGACAAUGACACAAAGGCUGUCAGUGUCGGUAAUAUUCAGAACGUUGGAAACACUCACCAGGACUUAUCUGAUCAUGGCCUUUCACUAGUGUCCAAAGUAAACUCCAUGCUGAAAACUAAAGCGUCUGGGUGUGUCAAACCUCAAGACCCAGCAGGCGGUAACUAUGGCAACACUGUUUCGCAAGAAAGUCAAGGAUCUCCAAUUACUGUUAUUCCAGAAACCCCAGAGGCCAUUUUGAACUCUGACAGAACCAGACCAAAAUUCACUAAACUACCUCACAAGGAUGACUCGACGCCCAUCAGAAACCUCGGCACAACCCUCUCAACUUUUGUACCAGAAACACCAAGUGCUGAGCCUGAACGUGUGAACAAAGCUAAAACAUUAAGCAGGUUAAGACAAGACAGUACCCCUAAAAGGGGCGGAGUAAGAGCCAAGGGAGUUGGUCUUGGGAGGAGUAGAGAUGAAAGUCAAUGUGAAAAAAAGUCAUCGUCCUUCAAAUUGUUUGGAGAUAGUGCAGGAUUGCAUGCUGAUGAAGGAAGUGGAGAGUCACAGGAUUUGCUUCAAGAGAUGCUUGAAGAAUUUGCUCAGUCGGCAAAAAGAAAGGAUGGCAGAAGUCGUCUGCCAAGUCAACAGAAGUCUCUCGAACACGGUGUCACAAAAACUCAGGGAAUUCUGAGUAAAAGUGGUCGUAACCCAUUCGCAAAUAAGUCAAAGGGAUUGGUUUCUAAGCCAAGUACCUUUCAGGAAAGCAGACUAAACCUCAGUGCUGCUAACGUGCCUUCGAUAAACUUGAAAAGUCCACAACACAUCCACGAAGAUCUUGAGGAGACUCUGAAACCUCCUACGGGAUGUGAUCUUGAAGAAGAUGAAAAGCAAGACAUUGAUCCUUUAGAAGAGAUGCUACAGGAGUAUGCUGCAUCAUCAUCAGUCAUGCCAUGUUUGGACAGUACGAUUGCCGGUCAAUCAACAACAAUGUCAAAGAUGACCUCUCUCGGAGACAGACCAAUGCUUCAGGCUAAAAGGCCGUCCUCCAAACUCUCAAGGACCCUCAGGAAGAAACAGAGAUCAGGCAGCAGCCCAGCCAAACAUCUGAAUCUUAUCAUGGCUGAGAUCGUUGGAGAUUCAACAUCUGACCAUCAAACGGUGUUGCCGGAUGUAGUCAUUUCCACCGAUAAGAUUGACUUGGUUCGUGAUAUUCCCAAUCAGAACUCAGUCAACUAUCCUUCGGAGGAGGAUUUAUUUCGCCAAAGUACAGAGAAUUCCGCAAAUCCCUUUGCGUUGAAACCAUCGAAAGUAAAACUUAAGGCAGCAGUCAUGCACAAACCUGGUAGCUGUCAAUCCAAAAUGGCGGCAUCCAAAACCUGGCUGACCACGCGCAAGAGAUCCCCCAGUAAGGGGAACUCACCCUAUGCAAAACGGUUGUCCACCAAUCACCCUUCAUGGGAGGUUUAUAAUUAUGAUACUGACAUGUUUACCAAAGAAAAUUCUCCAUUUCAACAAGGUGACAUGAUUCCUCAAUGUACAGACAGUAAGAAACCCUUCAUUGGGACCUCGGCCAAAAAAUCACUUUUUCAAAAAGAAAAGGAAAAUCUUUUAUCCCUGGAUAGUGAAAUUUCAGAAGGAUCACCUUCAGGGUCUGACGCAAGCCCACGGAAUCUUGCUGACAGAACGAACAUUCUCGACACCACAGGAACAGCGUCGACCGUCAUGAAGGAGAAAAUCUCUCCGAAUGCCGUGAGAUUAAAGGAGAAAUCACGAGAUUUUGAGAGUGCUGGAGCAAACGGCAAUAAAACAGUUGAGAGUGACCAGCAUCGUGAGCCUGCUGGAGCUGAGAAUGACGAUGACCUGUUGUGGCCAGAGGAUGUCAGGCCAAGUCAGGGAACAGGUGCAUUAUGGGAAAGCCAACUGAACGACUCGUUACUGGCUGCAAUGGAUAUGGAGUGUCUCGAGUCUGCUGAGAAUUCGGAGGAGAAUCUGGACAGCAUGGAAGCUCAGGUCACAAGAGAUUUCAAUCUUCUGUCGCCCUUUAAGAGCGUUUCCCAGCAGAAGAAGGAGGCAUCUCUACCGGCUGACUUGAACCGUUACAGGGUUACCGGCAUUCAGGACUGCGGAAGCGAGAAGGUUUUACAGUUGCUUUGCCUGACUGAACACAAGAAAAGAAGUUGUCGACUUAAAGGAACUUGGUUGAAUACACUUGUUGAGGAAGGGGACACAGUUGCCGUUCAUGGACGGUUUGACUCGGCCGGGAUGUGCACCGUAGACCAGCAGAAUAACUUCCUAGUGGUCCACCCUGACCGAUUGCUUACUGGCACAAAUGUCUCGCGCAGUAUCCGAUGCAUGAGAAGGUCUGUGCUUAGUGAAAAGUUCAAAGGUAUGGACAGAGCUAGUAAGCCCAUGCUGCUAGGAACGAUGCUGCAUGAAGUCUUUGACAAGGCAAUAGAAAGAAGGAACUUUAACGAGGAAGGUCUGCUGAAGAUUGUUGACAGGGUCUCACACCAGUUGGCGUACCUCAAAGAUAUGUAUGCUGUUGGAAUGACAGAGCAGAACGUUCUUGAUGAAGCUCAGGAAUAUGUGGGAACGAUGAAGCAAUGGGCGGAGAGAUACCUGCAGCCAAUGCCUAAGCAGAGCGCCGCGAUAGAUGUCAAAAUGCCCGGACAGCACAACAGCGAGAAAUGUAACAUCUGUGUCUCUACUGUCAAGGAGAUUGAAGAAACAGUCUGGUCCCCAAGAUGGGGGACAAAAGGCAAGGUGGACUUAACAGUAGAAGUCAAGAUUCACCAGCGGAAACCGCACGGCAAGAAGACUCAGAUGACUGUUCCACUAGAGCUGAAAACUGGGAGGCAGACAAACUCUAUUGAACACAGGAGCCAGUUAGUGUUGUACAGUCUGAUGUUGGGUGAUAUCCAUGACGGCCCGGCUAGUGACCUGGGUCUGUUGCUGUAUCUCAAGACUGGAGCCAUGCUGUCCGUUCCAGCCAAUCACAUGGACAAGAGAGAACUCAUACAUCUGAGGAACCAGCUUGCAUAUUACAUCAACCUACGAGCCAAACUAGCCGUCGAUGGGACAUGGACGUUGCCACGGUUACCAGCUCCAAUUGAGGAUGACUUCACCUGCGGACACUGCCCGCAUCUGGUCAGCUGUGCAAUGCUCCAAAGAAUUGAAAGCGAGAAAGGUGUUGGUCACCAGCUAAGCGAGGCCGGGUACCAGUUCUUUUCUGAGCAACUUGGCCACCUGUCACCGUCCCACAUGGAGUACUUCAGCCGCUGGUACUUACUGUGCACACUAGAGGGCAUGGCAGUGGAAAAGAAGAACCACACUAAACACAUCUGGUCGACCGCUGCCCAGGAGAGGGAACUGAGCAGCGGGGGUCAUUGUCUGAGUGGCUUGCUGUUGGCUGGAUGUAGACACAAUAAAACACAAGACUCCUACCAUGUGACCUUCAAGCGAUCACCUCAUCAUCCUGACAAGUCCCUGUUGGGUUUUCAGGUCUCGACGGGAGACAGAGUCGCCGUUUCUGUAGAAGGAACCAGACGGAUUGCCACCUGCACAGGAUUUGUGGAAAGUAUCACAUCCAUGGAAGUUACCAUCAAGUCAGAAAGACCUUUGAAGUCUAACAGAAGUGGCAGCCAGUUCUUUCGAAUGGAUAAAGACGAUGCUUACAAUAGCAUGGCAUCUAGUCUGGUCAAUUUGGCCCGACUGUUGCUCAGUGAUGAAAACGCUUACAGAUUACGUAAGCUUGUAGUGGAUCUUAGUGAGCCACAGUUUGACAACCAACCACAGAUUCCUGACUCUGCAAAGACUAAAGUGGCUGAAAUUCUAGGAUCUUUGAAUAGCGAUCAACAGACAGCUAUCAAAGCAGUCUUGAGAUGUCAGGACUACACAUUAAUUAUUGGCAUGCCGGGCACAGGCAAGACUACUACAAUCGUGGCCCUAGUUCGUAUCUUGUGUGCCUGUGAUCUGUCUGUACUACUCACAAGCUACACACACUCUGCUGUGGACAAUAUUCUUCUCAAGUUAACCAAGUUUGGCAUAUCACCCCUGAGGCUAGGGGAAGUGCACCGUGUUCACCCGGAACUCACUGCGUACACAGAGAAAGAAGUACUGGGCGGGGCCAAAAGUGUGCAGCAGCUAGCUUCACUCUUGGAAACCAAGCUCGUUGUCGCUACAACCUGCCUAGGUGCCAAGCAUACCCUCCUGACGCGUCGCAAGUUUGACGUCUGUAUCGUCGACGAGGCGUCUCAGAUCAGCCAAUUGGUGUGUCUAGGACCGCUCUUCCACGCCCGGCGCUUUGUCUUAGUCGGUGACCACAAGCAGCUCCCCCCGCUGGUUCAAAGUACCGUCGCAAGGCAGCUAGGCAUGGAUGAGAGCCUCUUCCAGCGACUAGGGGUCCAACACGAGGCCAAUCCGUUGGCAACUGUCCAACUCAGCCUGCAGUAUCGUAUGAACUCUGACAUUAUGAUGCUCAGUAACACACUGGUGUACGAUGGCAAGCUACGAUGUGGUAAUGAAAAGGUUGCCAUGACAACACUGAAUCUGCCUAAAUGGGACACCUUCAAGUCGGACUUCCGUUUAGGGCCAGGUGACAACUCGUGGGUUUUGCAAGCACUCCAGCCAGCAACCACUGUAUGCUUCCUCAACACUGACAAGCAGGUCAAGUAUCCAGAAUCAUCAAAUGAGAAACACACAGUCAACUCAGCAGAGGCCAUGCUGGUGAAACAUCUUGUUCAGUGUCUCAUGAAGUGUGGCUGUGAAGCCGGACACAUCGGCAUCAUAUCUCCAUACCGGAACCAGUGUAAACUGCUGGGAACCAUGCUGGGUGAAGGCAUUGAAGUGAACACGGUGGACAAGUACCAGGGAAGAGACAAAGAUGUCAUCAUUGUGUCCUUCGUUGCUAAGGACCAACAAUCUGAGACUGGAUUCCUUUUGCAAGAUAUUCGCCGUUUGAAUGUUGCGCUAACAAGAGCCAAACACAAGUUGAUACUGAUAGGCUGCAUCAGGGCACUCAGGAAAAAUGCACCGAUGGAAAAGCUGAUGGACUGCCUGCAAACGAUCGAUUCCAUCUCCACCCUGCCUGUAGACGCAUGCAGUGCGUGCAUUCCUUCAUCAUGGGGUAAAACGUGAAGAUUUACGUUCAACGCGCUGGUUGGCACAGUGGUACUUGCUUUGCAUUCAAACCACUGUGUGCGACCCCAGGAUUCGUAUCCCACCAAGGCUGGCUGUGGAUUGGGUUUUCAGCCUCUCCUUGGACUGGGGUUUUCCUCACUUUUAAAACUGAACUUAUCAUUGUUUACUCCAGCAGGUUCUUCAGGCUUGCGAGCUACCAUUUAGUAAACAAUUUAUGAGCCAUUUGUUUCAACCCCCUCCCCCCCCCCCUCCAAAAAGAGAAUUUGGAAUGAGAUAAGCCAGUAUAAGAAUGAAGUUCCAAGAUGUCAGUGCCCACCCAUUCGUUGUUUUUUUUUCCAUAUGAUUUUGAAAUAUAUAUUUUGGAGCUCUUUACUUAUAAAACUGAUGACUCAGUUCUUCACCUCACUCCUAAGAAUGCUGAUUUCUGCUGCUAAAAAUAUGUAAAAUGAAAGGGAAAAACACACACACACACACA